CAACAACGCUGAGGCUGAGGUAACGAAUUCGGUUCAUAUCACUGUCAGCUGUAGUGCAGUGAAAUCGCGCUUUUCAAUCUUCUCUCCUUCUUGUCCACUGUUUGUCUUAUUGUUAUUGUAUUAAAUAUUAUUCGAAAUACCAAAGAUGCCUAAAGCGACCCGAUCCAAACCGCCAAAAGCAAGCAGCAGCGACAGUGAUUCUGGCCCGGACGACCCUCUGCCACUGAAGAAGGUGAAGAAAGCCCCAGCCAAGCGAGAAUCGGUAUCGUCGCCUACAGGAGCCGGGGCUCCCGCGGGCGAAGAAAACUCUUGGCCACUCGGACGCAAUCGAUUCGUGAAGAUGGUCGAGUUUAAGGGUAGAAACUUUGUUAACAUCAGAGAGUAUUACUCUGCAGAUGGGGAUCUUCGCCCGUCCAAGAGGGGCAUCAUGCUCACUCUAGAGCAAUGGGAUGCACUGAAGAAAUGUGUUCCUGAGGUUGAUGAGGCCAUCAAAAGGCAUGUCUAGGGUGUCUGUGUUAAACAUCUCAUUUUUUAUUGUUCAUUUUAAUAUAUGUAGUCUAUGAAACUAUAUAUUUUGAUACACUUGUUCUACAUUCAACAUUGUAAUUAAAUAAACCUAUUUCAAUUAGUA